CUAACUGCCUCAUGGAUGAGAUAAAGAAACAAGUGGAAUCUAAGCAGCUUGAGUUUCCCCAAUCAGAUCUGAUCCAGUUCAUCAUAUAUCUUUUGCAAACAUUGCAGAGAGAUGCUUUGCCUCUUUUUAAUAUGUUGAAAACGAGUUACAAGACAAGCAUAGAAAGGGAUCCUGCAUUUAAUGAGUUUGUAGAUGAAAUUGCUGAGAAGUUCUAUGGAGUGCGGCGUAGAAAUCCUCUGCAAGGAGUGUUUGGGGAUAUCUUUAAGAUGAUGGGAGGUGAAUAGCAAUGUGACACAAGUUCAAUCACUCUCUACCUCUGUGAUCCUGCAACUACAUUUUCUGUGCCAUCAAAAGGAGUAAUUGAUCUGUAUGGCGCAUCCUGCCCAUUUUUUUUUAGUGUUUCUGGGUUUCUACUGAUUGUAAUUUUAUUUUCUUCAGUGAGGAGAAAAAAAAAAAAAAACUUACCAUUAUUUUUUAAACCCAACUGUAUCCUUGCUUACUACACAAAGUCUUUGCUAUGGGCUUUUAUUAUUUAUUAGAUUAUUUGAAUUAGGUGCA